AUGCUUGCGGCGACGACACAGCAGGGCGGGCGCGCCGCGAUACCCGGCGACACUGGCACGGCGACGGCAGACGACGAAACGGCCAUGAACGGCAGCGCCCCGGCGGCCGACGAGGCGCAAGAGACGGCGGCGCAGCAACUGCCGCCGCCCGCCAUCGCCGUCACAGGCUCCAACGGCGGCGGCGGCGGCAGCUUCGCGGCCAAGAAGCGCAAAAAGGGCGACCUCAAGCCCAUCAUUACCAACGACGACGGCGGCGACCAAGAUGAAGAAGACGACGACUAUGAUGAGACUGGGUACGUAUGA